AUGGGGUGCACUUCCUCUUGUCAGGCGACCGUGACCGAUGCCGUCGACGAUGCGCUGCCGACGGUCGGCGUCCUCCGCUGCCACAAAGCGCGAUGGGAGCCAGCGCAGGCGAUGGUCGGGCGCGACACCAACUCAUACCUCUUCCGUACAGUGCACGCCGAGGUCGACGGCCUUCCUUACGUCGAUUUGCGGGCGCGCAACGAGCUCACUCCGUCGCAACUCAAGGCGCUGAACGAGGCUGUCAAGGCGCUCGAUGCGCAGGGUGUGAUCGCCAUCACGGGCGAUUGUGGCGCCUUCGUUCACUGCCAAAAGGAGGUCCGCAAACUGACAAAGACGCCGGUGCUCGUCAUCACCAAUGACAGCAGUGACUACACCCAAACCGACCUCGAGCAAAACCUCAUCGAGAUCGGCCUCUCGCCGGACGACGCGGCCCGCUUCAUCAUCCAGGCGAUUUUCGGCCUGCAGCACAUCCCCGGCUUCUCGACGUCCGAGAUUGCGGACGAGGGAGUCGACAAGUGGAGCAUUGUGGACAACAACGAAGAGCUCCGGUCCAAGAUCGUGCGCACCGUCGAGGACGCCAAGGCGGCGAACCCCAACCUGCGCGCCAUCCUGCUCGAGUCGACGCUGCUGCCCUCGUUUAGCGACUCGCUCCGCCAGAAGCGCGGCGUUCCCGUAUUCGACGCCAUCACGCUCGCCGACUACUACGCCGCGGCGUCGACCGACAACCCGCGCUUCGGCCAAACGUUCGGUGGAGGCCGCGCAAACAACCCGAUGGAGGGGCUGUCCAAGAAGGCCAUCCCAGCCAUCGGCAGCACUCCGCACAUCGAUUCGCACAAGACCGCCCAUGCGCAGGACGUCCUCAUGCGUGGCUGCUCGUACAACUUCCGCACGGUGCAGGAGGUGGCCAAAGGACUCACCUUCGAAGUGGCGCAGGAGGGAUCGCCGCUCACCACGGAGCAGCGCACGGAGAUGGAAGCGGCGAUCCGGCGGCUCGAGGCGUCAGAGGGGGUGGUGGGAAUCACGGGGGACUGCGGCUUCCUGAUGAACUACCAGGUCGACGCGCGGCGCAUGUCCCACCUGCCGUGCUUCAUCUCGGCGGAGUUCCUCGUCCUCACCGCGAACGGCAAGUCGCUCGCGCCUAAAUUCCGGGAAAUGCUCUCGCUCGCACACGUCACCUCACCCGACGACCAGGCUCGCUUCCACAUCCUCGGCUGCGAGGACGUGGACGGCUUCGACGCGGUCGCCAAGGGAGAGGCGGUUGACGUGCAGCGUGUCACGCCGGGCAUCCUGCCUCCGUACGCCGACGCGCUGCGGCACGCGCUCCGCAUGCCAGUGCUCGACGCCAUCACGCUGGUCGACUACUUCCACUCGGCGAUGACCGACAACCCGGCCUUCGGCGUCGACUUCCAGAAGAGCUCGCGUGAGCCUGUGUCCGCGUCUGCGUAG